AUGCAUGCCCGGAACAUGCUGAAGAGUGCCUCUCUCGACGCAGAAAACCAAGAACUCAUUCAACGUGCAUUAGGGGUGGCUCUAUUGAUCGAAAGUGAGCUAGCAACCCAGCUAGAUCUGACUAUUCGCAGCUUCUGGACCUUCGAGAACGAAAUCCCCUUGCAGUCUUGGUCACAUCCGGUAGACGAGGCACACCCGUCCCAUUUCAGCGCGCCAGUUGACACUGGUUCUCCUGGUGGCUCGUUCAGCAGUUCUCAGCCCUCUAGUAAGCUGUUUUCAUACUUUUUGGCAGAGUCCGCCAUGCGGCGGAUGCUCCAACACUGUACAACAUCUACUCGGACAUUACCUAGCGGGAAACGUAUUUUCGCUCCGGUUAUAUCGACUGAGUUAGAUUUGCAGCUCGACCAGUGGCGCUCGCACCUACCGGAAUACCUUCGUUUCGAUCGUUAUUGCAUUUCUGAGUGCAAUAUCAACCCUCAGUUGCUUUUCCUCCGAACUCAAUAUCACGCGUACAAGGCGUCAAUUCUGUGGCCGGCAGUCCACCAGGUCGUGGCAGAAGGAGAGCAAUAUGAUAAAACGCUCCUGCCAUUCUGCCUUGAAUUUUUCCAGGCUUAUAAUCGCUUUGUUUUGAGUGCUGCUGCCUGUAUACCACAGUGCCUUCCCAAUACAUGGACACUUUAUGCUAGUGUAUUUACUAUCACAAUGGCAGCACUUCGAGCUAAAGAAAGCCCCGCUUUAUCUACUAUUAUUCCACUAGAAGUUUUGAAGAGUUUCCAUGCCGCGAUGCAGCUCUUCGACGAUACAGUAGCGUUUGGUCCAUCGCUACAUAUGAUGCAGGGCAUUCUAGCUGAUGCGGUAGCAAAAAUGAGCAGGGGAAUAUCAAUCUGA